GCUUUUAUAAUGUUGUCUUUUUUGCUUGAGAAGUGCUUUUAUAAGUUGCAGUUGGGGCUAAAAACCUCCGCCAAAAAUCAUCCACGAGAGUGAAAGCAUGGCCUCCAGAGAGCAACACUCUCAACAGCAAAACCAGACGAGGAAAGUCCCACUCUUCCCUCUCCUCUCCCUCGUCUGCUUUGUCUCCAUCUUCCUCGUCCUCUCCUCCAUUCGAAACACCUCCGUUCCUCCGCGGCCCCAUAACGCGAGCUUCGAAUUCCAAAAGACUGACGGAUCCGACCCGAGUCGUCGGGGCGGGUCGUGUGACUACUCCGACGGAAAAUGGAUCCACGACCCGGAUUCCCCUCCGAGGUACGACAAUACCUGCAAGGAGAUAUUCAAGGGAUGGAAUUGCAUUUCCAGCGGCAAAUCCAACGGUCGGGAACUACUCAAGUGGAGAUGGAAGCCCAAGGGUUGUGAUCUACCGCCGUUCGAUCCGGUUAGGUUUCUGAAGAUGUACAGACACACCAGCAUUGGGUUCGUUGGUGAUUCAUUGAACCGCAAUAUGUUUGUUUCGCUUUUCUGUUCUCUGAAACGAGUGUCAAGUGAAGUAAAGAAGUGGCGGCCAGCUGGUGCUGAUCGCGGGUUUACAUUUCUUCAGUAUAAUCUCACCCUUGCAUACCAUCGAACAAAUCUUUUGGCACAUUAUGGUAGGUGGUCAGCCGAUGCUAACGGUGGGGAGCUGGAAUCUCUUGGAUAUAAGGAGGGCUAUAGAGUUGAUGUUGACAUUCCAGAUGGGACAUGGGCAGAAGCUCUAAGCUUUCAUGACAUUCUGAUCUUUAACACAGGGCACUGGUGGUGGGCUCCUUCAAAGUUUGACCCGACAAAGUCGCCCAUGCUUUUUUUUGAAAAGGGUCAGCCUGUGGUUCCUCCAGUGCUCCCUAAUGUUGGCCUUGAUAUGGUUUUGAACCACAUGGUAAUGCUUGUGGAGAACAGAACGAAACCAGGUGCAGUCAAAUUGUUUCGUACUCAAUCACCUAGACAUUUUGAAGGGGGUGACUGGGACCAAGGUGGCUUUUGUAACCGGCUAAAGCCUUUAUCGGUAGAGCAGGUUGAAGAACUCUUCUCAGUGAAGAAUAAUAGUACAAACGUGGAGGCACGCUUGGUGAAUCAACACCUCUACAAGGCCCUUAAAGGAUCAAGUUUCCAGAUUUUGGACAUAACCCACAUGAGCGAGUUCAGAGCAGAUGCCCAUCCAUCCACUGCCGGUGGAAAGAAGCACGACGAUUGCAUGCACUGGUGCUUGCCAGGAUUAACAGAUACUUGGAAUGACUUAUUUAUAGAGCAGCUAAACAUCAUUAGAAGUAGAAAUUAAUGAAUUAUUUUCAUGUUGAGAUUUUUCUCUUAUUUUUCAUCUGAAAUUUCAACUUUGAGAGCACAAUCCCAUCUUAUUCUCAA